UCGUAGGAGCAAGAAGGGGCGUAAUUAGCCAAAUGAGUAGUUCACCAAGUUUUAUACAUAAAUAUUGGCAGUGGACAAUGGAAUUCACUGAGGUAUUGCUGCUACUGAUUACAUUGACCCUAGUGAAGGGCUCAACAAGUUCAGGAAAGACAAAUGAGACUUUUAUUUUGCCUUCAAAUUGUCCUAAAGCAUGCGGUAAUAUAAGUAUUGAGUACCCUUUCGGCAUUGGUAAUGGUUGCUUUUAUGCUGAUGGAUUUAAUCUUACUUGCUCGUAUGAUUUAAAUCCUCCAAGACUCUUUCUAAUGGAUGGCACUAUCCAAGUAGUGGGUUUUGAUGUGAAUAUGGCACUGAUUCAAAUUGAAUCACCGUAUGUCAUAUUGGACGCAGAUACAGAGUCCAUCAAUACCACAUUGAUCAAUAUCACGAAUUCGCCAUUCUCUUUGUAUAAUCAACUGGAACAACUAUUUGUGCGUGGUAAUUCAUACUCAGCAAUUAUAAAUAACAACGACUUGUACGUGGUAGGUUGCAAUGCUACUGCUAAUAUAGUUGAUCUCGGUACCGAUACCAUACUCGCCUCUUGUUCAUCAAUAUGCUCUUCCAAUACUUCACUGGUUGAUAAUGGAGUUAUAUUUGGCAAUGGAUAUUGCAGCAUUUCUUUGUCAAGCCUAAAAUUUAGCCAGUUUUUUUCAUUGACUAUUAAGUUAUAUCGUCCCAAUGAGAAUAAAGAUAAUCAUAUGAUUACCGGUGGUAGUUCCAACAUCAUAGCUCUCUUAUGCCAUGAAUGCAAUCCCAUUAACAAAGAGGAUCUCCAAAGUUUUAUAAAGCAGGAAAACAAAACAGGCUCAAAGGCACAUCUUACAUGGCGUAUUAGCGGCCGUCCUUCAUGUGAAGAGGCUAGGAAUUAUUUGGCCACUUAUGCUUGCCGCAGUCUUAAUAGUGAUUGCUACAACAUUCCUGCUGAUUUUGAGUCAUUCUACUCGAAUUAUACAAUUGGAUAUAUUUGCCAAUGUUCUUUAGAUUACAGUGGAAAUCCAUAUUUACCAGAUGGCUGUCAAUUAGAUACAAAUUUUACACGCAUUCCCGCAAAAGAUUGUCCUGAUAAAUGUGGAGAUAUCACAGUGCCUUUUCCAUUUGGGUUAAAGGAGAAUUGUUAUCGAUCCCAAGAGUUUGCUCUAUCAUGCAACGAAUCCACUCAGCCUCCAACUCUUCUUUAUGAUGGCUAUUCAAAAGUGAAAGCUAUUUCAAUAGAGGAUGGACAAUUGGAGCUCUCACCGAGUGUAUUUUCAUAUGAAUCAGAAUUUGAGACAUAUUUCCCCUCCAGUGAAGAACUAAACAUCUAUAAUUGGAUAAUUGGCUACGAGACUUGCAACAUUGCUAUGAAGAACAAGAGUAACUUUGCAUGUCUCGCUCGACACAGCUCAUGUUUGGACGUGAAAAUCACAAAUUACGAGCAUUCAGCAUAUCGAUGCAAAUGCAUUGGAGGCUACGAGGGAAACCCUUACGUUCAUGAUGGAUGUCAAGAUAUUAACGAAUGCAACUCUUCCUCCCAUGGUUGUAAAGGAAUUUGCAUAAAUACAGAAGGCAGUUUCAAUUGCACAUGUCCCCCCGGAACAUCAAAAGACCCUGUACAAGGAGCAUGCAUCCCUCAGAGAAAGAAAAUUCUUUUAUUAGGGGUUCUCGUCGGUGCAAGCAUUGGAAUAGGCCUUUUGCUCUUCUGCAUUACAUUGAUCGUCCUAAGAAAGAAAUGGAAGGAAAGAAAUCAAAAGAAAAUAAGACAAAGGAACUUCCAUCAGAAUCAUGGUUUGUUACUUCAACAACUUAUCUCCAUAAAUGAACAUGUGAAGGAGAAAACAAAUAUAUUUUCUUUGGAAGAAAUAGAAAAGGCAACAAAUAAUUUUGAUGAAACUCGAGUAGUUGGAAGGGGAGGGCAUGGAACCGUCUACAAAGGAAUUCUAUUAGACCAAAGAGUUGUUGCCAUUAAAAAAUCAAAAAUGGUUAAAAAGAGUGAGAUUGAUCAAUUCAUAAAUGAGGUUGUUAUUCUUUCUCAAAUCAAUCAUAGAAAUAUAGUUAAGUUGUUUGGAUGCUGUUUGGAAACUGAAGUUCCUUUACUAAUUUAUGAAUUUAUCUCCAAUGGGGUCCUUUCAGAUCAUCUUCAUGUUUUACAAGAUGAAAUAAAAUUAUCAUGGGAUAAUCGUCUUAGGAUUGUCACAGAAUCUGUUGGAGCACUUGCCUAUCUACACUCAGCUGCUUCUAUAUCUAUUUUCCAUAGGGAUGUCAAAUCAUCAAAUAUUCUUUUAGAUGAUAAUUUAAUGGCGAAGGUAUCAGACUUUGGAGCAUCAAGAUGCAUUCCCCUUGAUCAAACACACAUAGUUACUACAAUACAUGGUACGUUUGGUUACUUAGAUCCGGAAUAUUAUCAAACUGGUCAGUUAACAGAAAAGAGUGAUGUUUAUAGUUUUGGGAUUAUUCUUCUUGAGCUUUUAACAGGAAAGAAACCAAUCUACUCAACCAAAACGGGGUCACAACAAAAUUUAGCAAUAAAUUUCCUUCAAACAACAAGAGAGAAGAUGCCCUUUGAUCUCAUAGAAGACCAUAUCUUGCAACAAGUAACUGAGCAGGAGCUUCUUGAAAUAACUAGUUUGAUAGAAAUGUGUUUGAGUUUGAAAGGUGUGGAAAGGCCUACAAUGAAGGAAGUUGAGUAUAGAUUGCAGGGCAUAAGAAAGACAAGAAUGAAAAAGAGAGGACUUUCUAAUCCAGAAGGCAAUGUGGAAACAGAAUCCUUACUCAAUCUUUCAUGUUACUCUUCCUCAGAAUUGGUGAACCAAAUAAACCAAGAAAACUCAAGGAACUAUAGCUUAGAGAAGGAAUUCAUGCAGUCACAAAAUUACCCACGGUAAAUUUAUUUUAUGCAUGUACAAGUUCCUGUACAAUUUGCA